CUGAGGCAGACGGACUGGCAAACUGUUUAUUUCUGUGAACUCUGAACAGGUACAAGAGUACUGGAUACUUUUAUAUCUAACAAACUAAAUACAUGUCUCAAAUGCAUGUAGACGGACAUGACAGCCUUGUGGAUUUACAAUUCCUUGCUGUAAGUUACAGCCUGUAACUGAGUAACAGACAGGAUUCUCAAGUUAUUUGAAAGUGAAAGCAAGUUGUGUAAACGGCUAGUCAGUAAGUAUUCAGUAUACAGUCAACUAUGGCAUCAAAAUCAUUUUCCGAAGAGGACUUCUCCUGUCCUGUGUGCUGUGACAUCUUCAAGGACCCUGUGCUGCUGAAAUGUAGUCACAGCUUCUGUAAAGUCUGUCUGCAGCAGUUCUGGGACACUAAAGGAUCCAGAGAAUGUCCAGUCUGCAGGAGGAAAUCAUCAAUGGAUCCUCCUCUUAACCUCCACUUAAGGAACCUGUGUGAGACGUUCUUACAGGAGAGAAGUCAGAGAGCUUCAGCAGGGUCUGAGGUGCUCUGCAGUCUGCACAGUGAGAAACUCAAGCUCUUCUGUCUGGAGGAUAAACAGCCUGUGUGUAUGGUGUGUCGAGACUCCAAAAAGCACAGUGGCCACAAAUUUCACCCCGUUGAUGAAGCAGCCCUUGACCGAAAGGAGGAGCUCAAGAUCAAACUGCAGCCCUUACAAAAGAAACUGAAGACCUUUGAGAAGACUAAAGUCACCUGCGAUCAAACAGCAAUGCACAUCAAGACUCAGGCCCUAAACACAGAGAGGCAAAUCAAGGAGGAGUUUGAGAAGCUUCAUCAGUUUCUACAAGAUGAAGAGGCAGCCAGGAUAGCUGCACUGAGGGAGGAAGAGGAGCAGAAGAGUCAGAUGAUGAAGGAGAAGAUUGAGAAGAUGAGCAGAGAGAUCUCAUCUCUUUCAGCCACAAUCAGAGCUGUAGAAGAGCAGAUGGGAGCUGAUGACAUCAUAUUCCUGCAGAACUACAAGAGCACAGCUGAAAGAGCCCAGUGCACACUGCAGGAUCCAGAGAGGGUUUCAGGAGCUCUGAUCAAUGUGGCAAAGCACCUGGGCAACCUGAAGUUCAGAGUCUGGGAGAAGAUGCAGGAGACUGUUCAGUACACUCCUGUAACUCUGGACCCCAACACUGCAAAACCCAUUCUCAUCCUGUCUGAGGAUCUGACCAGUGUGAGACGUGGUGAUGAGGAGCAGCAGCUUCCUGAUAACCCAGAGAGAUUUGAUGAGUAUGCCAGUGUCCUGGGCUCUGAGGGCUUUAACUCAGGGACUCACUGCUGGGAUGUGGAGGUUGGAGAGAACACACGGUGGAAUGUGGGUGUGAUGACGGAGUCUCUCCAGAGAAAGGGAGAAUACACCUCUAUGAGUGGACGGUGGGAUGUGUGGUAUAAAGACGGUAAAUAUGGAGCACGUGCUCCACCACGGCUCUACACUCUCCUCACAGUGCAGCAGAAACUCCAGAGGAUCAGAGUGCAGCUGGACUGGGACAGAGGAAAGCUGUCAUUCUCUGACCCUGAUAAUAACACACACCUACACACUUUCACACACACUUUUGCUGAGAGAGUGUUUCCAUACUUAACUCUGCUGCACAGUGAAGACCCUUAUCAGAAGAUAGCCACAAGGGGGCAGCAGAGUGCUGCACUCUACAGCAGUCCUCCUGCAGAGAUGCACUUCUGUCCCAUCAUCCUCCUGCCAUGUGGACCUUCACAAUGA